AAAAAAAAGAAGGUGGUGAGUAGUAUGGUAAGAGGGUCUCAUCUUUAUAGAAGAUAUCGUCCAUACUACUUUUGAUCAACUUGUAUUUUAUAAACCCUUAAUCGGUGAAUACCUUUUCCAAGUUCACUUUUCAAAAAAACCAUAGUCCUUGUUUCAUCUCUCUUGGUCUGUCUUGAAUUCCCAUGGCGACCGACUCAAAUGUUUGUCAAUCAAUUCAUUCACCUCAAGACCGCAUGGAUGAUAAUACAAUUACUGAACCAACAUCUGCUGACUUCAUGGAUUCUGAUUCAAUGAAGUCGAAAAUGAAAUUGCAUGAAUUUGUUGUGGAUAUGAUGUCUAGAUUGAAGCUUAAUCCUUUAGCUGAGGAGUUUAUUCCUGUAUCUGACUUGCACAAUCACCAUCAAUUUGCGGCUGAUGCUUCCCAGAACAAUCAAAGGAGAAGGAAUUAUAGAUGGAUGAAUAGUAGGACAUCUCGAGCUCAAAUAGAAAAUAGCAUCAGGAGAACAAUUUAUAUUACAGAACUUGAUCAUUAUGUCACAGAACAACAUCUUGCUGACUUUUUUAAUCAGAUCUGUGGACAAGUUGUUGAUUGCAGAGUUUGUGGUGAUCCACAUUCGAGGUUUCGGUUUGCUUUCGUUGAGUUUGGACAUGAGCAAAGUGCAAGAUAUGCUAUGGUUCUUUCUAGGGACUUGUUAGUUUUCUACUCGAUGAGGGUUCUACCUUCCAAAACCGCAAUACAACCUGUUAAUCCUAUUUUCCUUCCAAGGACGGAAUAUGAACGAGAGAUGUGUGCUAGAACUGUUUAUUGCACCAAUAUUGACAAGAUGGUUUCUCAAAGUGAAGUGAAGAAUUUCUUCGAAUCACACUGUGGCGAGGUUUCUCAUCUAAGGCUUUUUGGAAAUAAUGCUCAAUCAGCUCGCAGUGGCUUUAUUGAAUUUGAAAUGGCUGAGAGCGCAAUUGAGGCACUAAAAUGCAGUGGGAAGAUUUUGGGAACACAAUACCUAAGGGUGAGUCCUUCAAAGACGCCUGUGAGGCCUAAGAUGAGCAGAGCUGGUGUUUACUACUAGCUCAAGGUUGUUGAUGAAUGGCGGGUGAUAAUGGGAUGAAGGGUAAAUCAGACAUUUCAUUUGUCUUAUCGACAUUAUCGUUUUUUCCUUUAUGUUUGCAUUGAAAUUAUGUUUUUGGUUGGGAGGAUUUACUCAAGACAGCAUGUUUUAGGUCCAAGUCCACUUGGGAAUUCUCUAGCUAAACAGAU